GGGCUGGACCGCGGAGAAAACAAAAAUUCCUGCAGGCAAAACUUCAUCUCUUGGGCUAGAAAAGCAGCUUUCCAAAGCUGUGUUCGCCUGACCGUUAACUAUACCCCCCAUCCAACCCCUUAGUCCUUUCCCCGAUCGGCCCUGUUAAAAUAGGGGUCCGCUUGGAUUUCAGCCUCUGACCCUGUUCCUCGUCUUCCUGAAGAGCUCAUGCUUGAAAACGCGUUGGCAGAUAAACUCUUGAGAGCGCUUAUUUUUUUUUUCAGUGCCUGGAAUUAAUUACCUGGCUUGUUUUGCUAUUGAUAACGCAGCCAACGAACUUUAGAUAGAGCAAUUGAGAGAGUCUGGAAUUAAUUUCCAGACGUGUUUACGCGGAGAAGCUUUGUCCUAAAUGUUAUACCCCGCUCCUAAGCAUGUGCUUUUUUAUUUGUUUUUUUUUUUUUUUUGUCUUCUGCAGAUUAUUUUUUAAAGCCCACGUCGCUCGGAUCGAGGAGGACGACCGCCUCCGAGAGAGCGUUCGGUUGGAGGCUCCCGAGACGGCGCUGACCGGGCAAAGGCUUUGCUCCUCGGCAAGAUGUCCACCAAGGUGCCGAUUUACCUGAAAAGAGGCAGCCGGAAGGGUAAAAAGGAGAAACUCCGAGACAUCCUCUCCUCCGACAUGAUCAGCCCGCCCUUAGGCGACUUCCGGCACACGAUUCACAUCGGGAGCGGCGGGGAGAGCGACAUGUUCGGCGACAUUUCUUUCCUGCAGGGGAAAUUCCACCUCCUGCCGAGGACGGCGGGAAGCCUGGACUCGGACAAGGACGGCCCUUACGCGGCGCCGUUCGAGUUCGCGCGGACCACCUCUGGAUAUCCCCCCGGAAAGCAGGGUGGGGAUGGGGGGAGUUACAAAGCCAAGACAAAACCGGCAGCGCUCGCUGCUAAAUCGUACCGCCGCUUCCCGGGAUGA